AUGACAAUAUUCCUUGGAUUGCUAAUUUUUGCUAUCUGUUUCAGUGGAGGUAAUAGUGUAGAACCGGAUUGUUACGUUAUUGGUGAGGACGGUAAAAAUACGUAUACAGGUAAUAAGUCCACGACGAUAACGGGUCGAAUCUGUCAGAGGUGGGAUGUCACGGAUCCUCAUACCCAUACUCACGUGAAUGAUCCUGAGGCGAAGGAGAAUUACUGUCGUGUCCUCAGUGAUAACAAACCCUGGUGCUACACCGUAGAUAGGAGUGUUCGAUGGGAAUACUGCGGGAUUCCAGAAUGCGCAAAGGAAGAUAUCAAGGAUUCUGUUGCUGAUGGCAAAUUUCCUUUACAACCUUCUAUAGGAAAUGAAUACAUUGAUUGUUAUGAGAAGGGUGAGAAUUAUAUGGGUAACGCCUCCACCACAUUUACCGGACUGACGUGUCAGAGAUGGGACGUUCAGAAGCCACAUAAACAUGAAUACACUAACCAUGCGCACGCAGACGGAAACUUCUGUAGGAUUAUCAAUGAUGAGCGACCUUGGUGUUAUACAGUUGAUCCUAGCAUUAGAUGGGAAUACUGUAUGGUACCAGACUGUGAGUCUAUUCGAAUUCUCCAAGAACUCAGAUUGGGGAUAACAACUCAGACCCGUGACACACAAGGAAAGACCACAAGACAAGAGUACUUAACUGAGCAACAGACAGCAGAGUGGACCACAACAGAGACAACACCAACAACAAAAACAUCCCCGGAUCAAGAAAGUCAAUCCAUCAUUGAAGAUAAAAUAACAACAAAGGGCCCAGGUGCUCUGCAUGUGACGAAAUCAGGGAUAAAGACAAAUACAGCUGCGUCCCGGUCCCUGGUUCGAUCUCGUACUAUCUCUAUCGCAGGCCCUAUACAGACCAGCGGAACGGAUUUGAAUCCGGAUGUAUAUAUUCAAAAAGAGAUGUAUACUAGUAGUGUCAAUCAAAAGAUAUCUAUACGAUGCUUUGUUACCCCAAACCAAGACCUCCCUAUCCACUGGUAUAAAGACGGGGAACUUCUGGUAGAAAAAGGUUUAAAAAUAAGAACUGGAUCCAUUCUGAUUCUCAAAAAUGUUCAGAGGGAGAACAGUGGCAAAUAUACAUGUGAAGCUGGGAACAGCAAGGCCACCACUACAGUUCUGAUAGGAGAAGAAACUCAUUAUGCAACCCAAGAUACCGUGGACAAAACAACACAGGAUAGCGUGUCUACCACAGAAAAGGAUCUUACUUCCACUACAGAUAUUAUAUUCACCUCUGAAGUACCUAUUAACCUUCGCACAGACCAUGGCGAAUCUUUAACAACCACUCCUUUCAAGAUCGUCGCUGAUUACGACAUUACAACAACAUCUCCUGAAGAAAUAACUACUUCUGCAGCAACCUCAUCCCAAACCAUGGAAACCACAACACAGCAGGUAUCGACAACAGAGGCCUAUGUCAGCAUUGCAAUGAUUUCUACACCCCCUCCAUCUAAACAGUUACCUGAUGAAUUGCCCACAACGACAAUUAGAUCUAUGCUCUCUACAGAGACAAAACAAGCUAUGCAGGACACAGAAGAAGUAUCAACAACAACUUUACAGUAUAGGACAUCAACCUCUGAUCAUACAGAACAAGUACCUCUUAUCCCUGACGAUUCAGACAUAUCUUACAGCAUAAAAGAUAAAGUACCCCAGGAGAUAACUACUAGUCCAUUGGUCAUACUUUUUAACAAAACUGGACAAGCAUCAUCUGGUGUAAAUUAUAAUGUUAAAGACCAGGGACCUGAUGCAUUUAAACUUACUAUACCUGUGAGACAUGUCUUCGAGCCUCCAAACAAUACAUCCACCCAGGUACCACGUGGACUCAGAGAGAGAUACGUCAAACCAUCAACCACAAAGCCUGGUUUCAAGAUGGACAAAAUGGAAAAGAAGAAGCUGCAUAGUUACCCAUACCUCCUUCGAUCAGAUACUAAAAAUAUGAUAGAUCCCUCAAGUCAAUAUCUCAGGGAAACAAAUGAACAGAGCUGUGGAACUAAAUGUGACGGCGAGAGCACCUGUUACCUGGGGUACAAUUGUACGCAUUACAAACACUGUUUUGAACAAGAUGGAAGCCACUGUACAUGUAUAUUAAUGACUUGUUCCUUUGGGACAUUCUGGAACUCGGCAAUACGUGCCUGCGAUGCUGUUAGUAAGGUCUACUGUGAAGAAGAUCCAUGUAAAAGUAUGAACCCCUAUGCAACGUACUCAUCAGGUUUCAACUGUAGAAGUUACUACGAAUGUAAUAAGGAGCGUCGUUCUGUGGCCAUGUGCUGUAAAAACAAGUACUCCUAUCAGCCAUACAAAGGACGGUGUGUGUUUGACGAGUCAUGUGAUAUAGACUGUACCUCACGGACUCCUAAUAAACUCCAGAGAGACCUCAAAGUGAAUCUACAAGUGACACAAACAUACGACUUAUGCUAUUUAAGACCAGUGAAGGGCAGACCAACCAAAUAUUUUAACAAUGUAUUUAAGGUGGAACAGGACUGUCCUCCAGGGACCACCUUUAAUGCUGAAAUCUGUGUUUGUGGUAUCUCACUGAAAAUAACAAGAAAAAUUCCUAUCGACCUUUACCCUGCUGUGUGCGAGCCUAAAAUAGUGGUGGAUUUUUCCGGACAACAAGUCACUAAUCAAGCUCCACGGCCGGUGUACCUUAAAUCUACAGAUGUCAAUAUUAUUCCAUCCGGCAUGCUCAAUAUCAACUAUGGCCAAUUCAAUGGCAGAUCAUCACAAAUCUUCUCUGAGCGAUAUUUUGCCGUUACAUUUCGGCGCCUUCUGAUUCGGAUGCGAUUUUAUAAUGACGGCAGAGGUGGCCCUGAAAAUCAGGUUCUGAUUUCAAACUGUGAUUCUUUAGCUAAGUCAUGGAAUAUUCCAGAGUUAGAUCCCAACAAGAAGCCAUCACUAGCCAUAAUUCUAUCCAGAAGUACCAGCACAUUAACUUUUUUAGGAUUCAGUGAAUUCUCACCACCAGCAAUUAUACGUUUACCUUUCUCGAAAACGAGCUGGAAUAAUGUGGAGUUGAUUUACGAUGGAACAACAUUUGAUGCACGAGUCAGAACAAUAAAAAAAGAUGGAAAGUUGUUGGAGUUCAAAGAUUCCAAACCUUUGUCAGGAAGACUAGCAGUCUCUGUCCAACCACUGCGUAUUGGGAAAUGCUCCAGAAUGGAUGCUUUUUAUGGUUACAUUGACAUUAUCAAGAUGUACAACGACUGUUUACCAAAGAACUUAUGAAUUCCAUUUGUCGCCCCAUCCAUUCCCUUCUCUCAUUUAUUUAUUCCUUUGACUUACAUGUACUUUGUUAUGAUAUAGUUGAAAAUAAAUUUUUAC